AUGAAGGCUAAAAUUCGUUCAGUCAACCAGUCACACGUCAGCUUACGGAAAGUCAGGUCCCUGAAAAGGAGAGGUCAAGGAUCAGGUGUACGUAGAAGGUCUCUUGGUCGUCAAGCAGAAGUAUUAAUAUCAACAACAGAUCAAAAAUGUCCAUGCCCAGUGGACAAUAGCAAAAAAGAAGAUCGAUUUUUGGUUAUGGCAAAUUUGACCACAAAUAAUGAGCUGAUUGCUAAUUUAAUACUUCCUUGGAACAACGCUGAUAAGCCUUUUAAAAGAGCAGUACGAAGAUUUAAUAAAUUAAACUGCAAAAAUUUGGGCCGUUCAAUCCGGCAACGUGCAAUCAAACACAGCCUAAACUUGAGGCUCUACAGUGACGGCAUGAAACGCUACAGAAGCACUUAA